CCGGUGCACUUGCUAGCCUGCGCUUUGAGAUGGGCAGAAGGAAGCGCAACGUCGGGCGUGAUUUCACUUGGAAGGAAGGAAUCCCAACGUGGUGGCUGGAAAAUAACGUGUCUCAAGGCUGUUGACCGUUUAGAGAGGCGUGUCGGGGCUGCGCUUCAUUGGCUCAUGGCCUUGAAUGCCCAGGGAGUGGUAUUCGCUAAGUAACGGUUGGUGACUGCAGGGACAGGGCGGUGUUGGAUGGAGAGCCCGCUCUAGCUGUGUGAGCCUGGGCAAGUCAUGGGCUCCGUGUUCCACGCCGUUAAAAAAAGAAAUGUCUUCUGCAAAAAGAAAUCCAAAGCACGAAAUAAUCUCCCAGUUUCAUUGCUCAGCUGCAGAAGGAGAUAUCACCAAGUUAACAGGGAUACUCAACCAUUCUCCAUCUCUUCUCAAUGAAACUUCAGAAAAUGGCUGGACUGCUUUAAUGUAUGCCGCAAGGAAUGGGCACCCAGAUGUUGUCCAGUUUCUUCUUGAGAAAGGGUGUGACAGGUCAGUUGUCAAUAAAUCGAGGCAGACUGCACUGGAUAUUGCUGCGUUUUGGGGUUAUAAGCAUAUAGCUAACUUACUAGCUAAUGCUAAGGAUGGGAAAAAGCCUUGGUUCCUAACCAGUGAAGUAGAAGAAUGUGAAAAUUAUUUUAGCAGGACACUACUGGACCGGAAAAGUGAAAAAAGAAAUAAUUCUGACUGGCUACUCCCUAAAGAAAGCCAUCCAGCCACAGUUUAUAUCCUUUUCUCAGAUUUAAAUCCCUUGGUUACUCUAGGUGGCAAUAAAGAAAGUUUCCAGCAGCCAGAAGUCAGGCUUUGUCAGCUGAACUACACAGAUAUACAGGAUUAUUUGGCUCAGCCUGAGAAGAUAACCUUGAUUUUCCUUGGAGUAGAACUUGAAAUUAAAAAAGAGUUACUUAAUUAUACUGCAGAGGUCCCAAGAGAAGAGGAAGAUGGGCUGGUUGCCUGGUUUGCUCUAGGUAUAGAUUCUGUUGCUGCUGAAGAAUUUAAGCAAAGACAUGAAAAUUGUUAUUUUCUUCAUCCUCCAAUGCCAGCUCUUCUGCAGUUGAAAGAAAAAGAAGCUGGUGUGGUAGCUCAAGCAAGAUCUGUUCUUGCAUGGCACAGUCGAUAUAAGUUCUGCCCAACCUGUGGGAGUGCAACUAAGAUUGAAGAAGGUGGCUAUAAAAGAGUAUGCUUAAAAGAAGACUGUCCUAGUCUCCACGGUGUUCAUAACACGUCAUAUCCAAGAGUAGAUCCUGUAGUAAUCAUGCAAGUUAUUCAUCCAGAUGGGACUAAAUGUCUUCUAGGCAGGCAGAAAAGAUUUCCCCCAGGCAUGUUUACUUGCCUUGCUGGAUUUAUUGAACCUGGGGAGACGAUAGAAGAUGCUGUUCGAAGAGAAGUAGAAGAGGAAAGUGGAGUCAAAGUUGGCCAUGUUCAGUAUGUCUCUUGUCAGCCAUGGCCGAUGCCCUCCUCCUUAAUGAUUGGUUGCUUAGCUGUGGCAGUGUCUACAGAAAUUAAAGUUGACAAGAAUGAAAUAGAGGAUGCCCGCUGGUUCACUAGAGAACAGGUCGUGGAUGUUCUAACCAAAGGGAAGCAGCAGGCGUUCUUUGUGCCACCAAGCCGAGCUAUUGCACAUCAGUUAAUCAAACACUGGAUUGGAAUCAGCCCCAGUCUCUAAGUCAAAGCUAGGGGCUGUGGAAGAAUUAUUUGAUUUCUACUUACUCCUCAGGUGAAAUUAGAAAUGUUCAGUGGUCUGAGUAUCACAUCAUCAAAUAUCAUGUUGGGUUUUCAAAAUAUUUUCAAAGUGUGCUUUCCACCUUUACCACAGAAUUCGUAUUUUUUAAAUUAAAUUGAUUUGGGACCAGCAGGUUGCACAGUGGUUAAAGCACUGGAC